GCAGCAGCCAUUUUGUCAGUCGCAAGCGGAUCCCGCGCGCUGGAGAAGUGCAGUUCCCCCUAGUUACCAACUCGUUAGUUCUCCCUUCGCGCUGCGGGCGCGGUCGAGGAGCACUCACCACAGGCACAGCCGGUCCUCCCUGCAGUGUCGCCGCAGCUGUAACACCCGCCCGGAGCCAGUGCCGCUGUCUUCCUCCCUCGCCACUGACAGGCGCCCUCAGGGAGCCCGGGUCAGCGAUGUCAAGCGAGGAGAGCUACCGGGCCAUACUGCGCUACCUGACGAACGAGUGCGAACCGUACGCGCCGGGCACAGAGGGCAAUGUCAAGCGUAAAAUCCGCAAGGCCGCCGCGUGCUACGUGGUGCGCGACGGGACCUUGUACUACCAGCGGCGGCAGCGGCACCGCAAGACCUUCGCGGAGCUGGAGGUGGUGCUGCAGCCGGAGCGACGCUGGGGGCUCAUCGAGGCCGCGCACCUGGGCCCGGGCGGCACUCACCACACCCAGCAUCAGACCUGGCACGACUUGUCCAAGACGUACUGGUGGCGAGGUAUAUUAAAGCAAGUCAAAGAUUAUAUUAAACAGUGUAGCAAAUGCCAGGAGAAACUAGAUCGCUCCCGUCCAAUAUCAGAUACUUCAGAAAUGUUGGAAGAAUUGGGACUAGACCUUGAAUCUGGAGAAGAAAGUAAUGAAUCAGAGGAUGACCUGAGCAACUUUACUUCAACUCCAGCUACAGCCUCCAAACCUGCAAAAAAGAAGCCAAUAUCUAAACAUGAACUUGUCUUUGUUGACACCAAAGGAGUGGUGAAACGUUCUUCUCCAAAACAUUGUCAGGCUGUCUUAAAACAGCUGAAUGAACAGAGACUCUCCAACCAGUUCUGUGAUGUUACUUUGUUAAUUGAAGGAGAAGAGUACAAAGCUCAUAAAUCUGUUUUGUCAGCUAAUAGUGAAUAUUUUCGAGAUCUUUUUAUUGAGAAAGGAGCUAUUUCCAGUCAUGAGGCAGUAGUGGAUCUUUCUGGUUUCUGUAAAGCAAGCUUCCUUCCUUUACUGGAAUUUGCCUAUACUUCUGUGCUAAGUUUUGAUUUCUGUAGCAUGGCUGAUGUAGCCAUCUUGGCUCGGCAUCUUUUCAUGUCAGAAGUUUUAGAAAUCUGUGAAAGUGUACAUAAACUAAUGGAAGAGAAGCAGCUAACAGUAUAUAAGAAGGGUGAAGUACAAACAGUUGCAUCUACCCAGGACUUACCAGAACAAAAUGGACGGACAGUGCCUCCUGUGGUUAACAAUGAGGGAACUACCACAACUUUAUCUACUGAACUUGGGGAUUGUGAAAUUGUACUACUGGUGAAUGGAGAAUUGCCAGAAGCUGAGCAGAAUGGAGAGGCCAAACAACAGCCUGAGCCCCAGGUUUCUUCAGAGGCUGAAGCUACUCUGUCACCUUCACCUAUAGGCUGUGUAACUGAUUCUCAUCCUGAAAUGGAAUCUGUUGGUUUAGUAACAAAAAACAACCAGACAGAACUAGAAACUUUAAACAGCGGAGAAGAUAGCACAGUUUCUAAUAUUUGUCCUAAACUUUCCAAAGAGAAUGUAAUCAGUGGCUCGCCAGAAAACAGUGAUGUGGGAAAUGAUACAUCAAAUGAGGAUAUCUGUGAUGAAGACAUUCCAGAGCAUAGGCAGAACCUUGGCCAAUCUUUAAAAGAUCAGGAAAAUCUAGUUGCAAAGAAAGACCUCAGCCCUGAUGAUGAUACUUAUAGAAGCAGGCUUCGACAGCGUUCUAUUAAUGAAGGGGGAUAUAUUCGACUACACAAAGGAAUGGAGAAAAAGCUGCAGAAACGGAAAGCCAUUCCCAAGUCAGCAGUUCAACAGGUAGCCCAGAAAUUAGUUCAAAGAGGAAAAAAGAUGAAACAGCCAAAAAGGGAUGCUAAAGAGAAUACUGAAGAAGAGGCAUCUCAUAAAUGUGGGGAAUGUGGAAUGGUUUUUCAGAGAAGAUACACACUUAUAAUGCACACACUGAAACAUGAAAGAUCUAGAGAUUACAAAUGCCCGCUGUGUAAAAAACAGUUUCAGUACAGUGCCUCCUUGAGAGCACACCUUAUCCGACAUACCAGAAAAGUUGCACCCACCUCAUCGUCUUCCAAUUCCACAUCUAAUGAGGCAUCAGGAACAUCGUCUGAGAAGGGCAGAACCAAACGUGAAUUUAUAUGUUCCAUAUGUGGAAGGACAUUACCUAAAUUAUAUUCUCUUCGAAUACAUAUGUUAAAGCACACUGGUGUAAAGCCACAUGCAUGCCAGGUCUGUGGAAAGACUUUCAUCUACAAGCAUGGUCUAAAAUUGCACCAGAGUCUCCAUCAAUCACAAAAGCAGUUCCAAUGUGAACUAUGUGUUAAGUCAUUUGUUACCAAACGGAGUCUUCAAGAACAUAUGAGUAUUCACACAGGAGAGUCCAAGUACCAUUGCUCAGUUUGUGGAAAGUCUUUUCACAGGGGCUCUGGACUCAGCAAGCACCUAAAGAAACACCAGCCAAAGCCUGAGGUUCGAGGCUAUCAUUGUACUCAAUGUGAAAAAAGUUUCUUUGAAGCUAGAGAUCUUCGUCAGCACAUGAACAAACAUCUUGGUGUGAAGCCAUUCCAGUGCCAAUAUUGUGAUAAGUGCUAUAGUUGGAAGAAAGAUUGGUAUUCCCAUGUGAAGUCUCAUUCUGUCACUGAGCCUUACAGAUGUAAUAUAUGUGGCAAAGAAUUUUAUGAAAAAGCAUUGUUCAGAAGGCAUGUAAAAAAAGCCACCCAUGGGAAAAAAGGAAGAGCAAAGCAAAACCUGGAACGGGUUUGUGAACGAUGUGGAAGGAAAUUCACUCAACUGAGAGAGUACAGGAGACACAUGAACAAUCAUGAAGGAGUUAAGCCAUUUGAGUGCUUAACAUGUGGAGUAGCCUGGGCUGAUGCCCGAUCUCUAAAACGCCACGUCAGAACACAUACUGGUGAACGGCCCUAUGUUUGUCCUGUGUGCAGUGAAGCCUACAUAGAUGCUCGAACACUCCGAAAACAUAUGACUAAAUUCCACAGAGAUUAUGUGCCUUGCAAAAUUAUGCUGGAAAAAGAUACUCUUCAGUUUCAUAACCAAGGAACUCAAGUGGAGCAUGCUGUUAGCAUCUUAACAGCAGACAUGCAUGAACAGGAAAGCAGUGGUCCUCAAGAACUUGAGACUGUGGUAGUGACAGGAGAAACUAUGGAAGCUCUUGAAGCCGUUGCAGCUACUGAAGAGUAUCCAUCUGUAUCUACACUUUCUGACCAAAGUAUUAUGCAAGUGGUUAAUUAUGUGUUGGCACAACAGCAAGGACAGAAGUUAUCUGAAGUUGCAGAAGCUAUUCAAACUGUUGAAGUAGAGGUGGCACAUAUUUCAGAAGCAGAAUGAAUAUAGUAAUGGAGAUUUUUUAAAGUGACAUCUCACGUAUACUGAACUCACAGAACGUUUGUUUACAAUACUUUGUGACUCUCCGCCUAGACUUUGUAUGUGAAGACUCUAGGCUGUUUGAUGAUGUUUUAGCAUUUCUGAAUGGUUUGUUUGGCUAAAGUCCAUUUACUGUAAAGAAGUUGGAAACAUCUGUUUAAUGGUUUAUCAUGGUAUACUUUUUAUGAAUUAAUAUUUGUAAAGGACUGCACUAAAUGAAAAACUGUACAGUUUCAUUUGCAUUUUGACAUAUACUUUGAGUUUAAAGGCUGCAGCAGUCAGCUUUUCUUCUCUUUUAUUCUCAAAAUAUAGAAGUUUUGUGAUUUCAUUUGCCCUUUUUAUAGAUUUAAAAAAAUUGUUAAUAUAAAGCAUUUUAGUAGGGUGCAUAGGUAUAUUACAUUUUUUAAAUGCUCCAAAUCUGUGAUUCUUGACUUACUAUUUAUUUUAAGCCCUCAUAAGUCAGGGAUUCUUUAUUUUGUUUUAAAGCACUUAAUGAGUUACAUGUUGUAAUCAAGUUUGCACAGUAUACUUAUCUAUAUGGGGAACCCUUAAAUGAAUAGCUGAUUUUAAAUAUGCCAUUAAAAUGCAUGAAAUGCCUAUUCAAGCCUUACUAUACUAUCUCUUCAAGGCAAGUAAAUAGACCAUAAGAAAAGAACAGUUAUUAAGCACUGUUGAUGAAAAAUUUCUCCUUGAUGACAUAGGGCAAUACCUGGGGGUGGGGGUGGAAAGAAUCUCGUUCUUUUGCUGAAAAAUUAACAAGUUAAAACUAGGUUUAGUAUGUUUGCAGCUUUUGUAUCAUGUUUUUUUGUUGUUUGUUUUCUUGUUUUGCUUUUUUGUAUCAUGUUUAAUUGUUCAAUUUUGUUGAAAAACUGCAGUUUAGAAAUAGGACAACAAUGUUGACAUCUAGACUGGUCCUGUGGGUAUCAUAUAAUUGUACAAGUAAUUCCAGAAUAUUGAAAAGUCUUCAGUUCUGCCCUCAUUAUAGUAUACUGCUUAAGGAAAUUAAUUAUAGUCCACCAAAUUGUUUAAAGUAAAUUAUUUUAAAAAGUUAUCUGAGAAUUAAAUUAUAUAUUAAUUUUUGGUUUUGAUUUUUAAAUUCCCACUUCCUUAAGCUAUCCGGAUAAUCUUCUGAUUUUCAAAAUAACCAUAGGGAGAUGCCACAUUUCUCUCCUCUUGGAAACUACCAUUUGAGCUAUAAUUGUUAAAAUGAAACAUUUAAGUAUUAUAACUAAUAUAAGGUAUAAAAUUAAGAUAUAGGCAAAUCACAUGUAAAUCAUUCCUAAAGCACAAGAAAAUAAUGUGCCUUGAUGUAUAUAUAUUAUUAAGAUACUUAUUCCAGUUUACUUUAAAAAUGGCUUAAUAGAUAAAGAAUUAAUGUGAUGCCAUGCAUGCGUUAUACUUGCACAUGUAAUAUUUGCAUUUGCAAAUUUCCCAAUGUUUCAAUAGCUGUGUGGCUGACUUCAAUUUUAAGUGAAUUGACAUACAGUCUGUAACUCUAUAAUGGCUGUUUGCUUAUUGUAUCUUUCAGUUAGUAAAAUGUAUUCCAACCUGAUGAAAAUUUGGAAUUGUGUUUUUUAUGUUCCAUCCCCACCAUUGUUAAUAGGUUUAAUUAAUUGUAUAAGGCCAUUAAUGUAUGUCAUAAAUAUGUAAAUAAAAGAUGUUAAAUCUUGUUUAAAAGCAUAA